ACGCACAGAACCCGUAUGCCUCGUCCUUUGCAGGCCGCAUCCGUGCGCCGCAUAGCAUUUUGUUUUUGUCAGUACAGGCCGUCAUGAGCUGCUUCGAUGUCGCUGCACAGCUCCGAGUAGUCUUCCACGCCGGAAUGCAUUUGCAAACAAUAAACUAAAUGAAAGGAUAGUCCGGCGUCGCGUAAUCCUAUCGAAAAAACAAUCCUUUUCUAAACGGCCCACUAUACAAGCAGGAUAAAUUUCGAUUCCGGUGAAGUCUUAAAUAUAUAUAAAACAUACAAGUAGUUCCGUACACCCACACCCCCGAUACACAACAGUAUACACACCUCCUCCCCAAAAAAAAAACCGAACACAAGAGAUUCAAUUAGAUCUUCGGCAUGAAUGAAAACCGUUCCAGUUGCGCGUGUAAAAUGCUGACGAUGUUGAGUGUGUUCUGUGCAUUGUGAUUUGAGACUUUGAUUUGAUGAUCGCGAGUGUGACUCAAAUCUCUGGAGGAAUUCCGAAGGAUUACAUUACACAUCUUCCGCGGUAUAAACAUUCACCAAAUACUGUAACGAUUAUCAAGAGGAAUUGAUUGAAACGAGGAAUUGAAAAGUGCAGUGCAGUUUUAUUUUCGUGGGUUUCACUUGUAUAAAGAUUGGAGGAACAAAUUGAAAGAAGAGUGCAAAGUUUACUUACUUCUUCCAAAGAACGCAUGGAAUUGAACUGUAUUGGAAGUUCGAGAAAGAUGGCGUUCGAAGUUCGGAUUUGAAACAAUGUUGCUAAUUUUUAAUAUUGAUGGCCCGACGUAGAAAGCAGAAGCACAAAGAAGGGUCGUAGAGGAAUCAUCCUUUCCUUUUUAUAUACUAUAUCUAUAUAUACUCUUUUCGCAUAUCAAAUCCGUAUCCUCAUUGUCUCGUCCUUUGUUUUAUUCCUUGUUUUUUUUUUCCUUGCGUUUGAGGCUUAAUCGCCUCGACACAACCAGACAACCAUGGAUCACAGCGUGAAGGCGAUGACAUCUCCGAGGAUCGCGUCUCGCGUCCUCAAUCCACAUCGCUUCGAGAACGACGAACUGGAACUGCUCUAUCAGAGGUACAUCUGCAAGUUGCAGCAUUCGAGCGUCGCCGCCGUCGUCGCACUCUUCGUCAUCCUGACGGCGAUCCUGGCGAGUCUAGGACUUGUCUACGCCCAAGCCGCAACAGCACAAGUUGUCUAUCAUGCGGCUCAUUGUAUACUCUUCAUCCUGCUGCUCGGAUUCCUGCACACUCGACUCAUGCAAGACGCUUACCUUCUGUGGGUAUGCUACGCGGUCCUCUUCUUCCUGGCAACAUUCUGCGCUCUUGCAUUACCGGUGUACGGAGGAUCUGCAAGAGUCGCAGCAGAAGGAGUCUGGCAAGUCGUCUUCGUGGUGUUCCUAGCUUAUGCAAUGAUGCCGUUAAAAGCAUGGAUUGCAGCGCUUUUCGGUCUACUUCUAUGCUCCGCGCACAUCGCAGUUGCCGUAGUUUUCGCCAAGGACUUCCCACAUCUCCUAUGGCAACAG